CCAAAAAACCUUUUGCCCAUUAUAUGCCAUAUAUACCAUACACAACAUACAGACAUACAUCUCUCUCUCUCUCUCUCUCUCUCUCUCUCUCUUCCUUUUGAACCUCAUCAAAAUAAUUUAGUAGUAUUCGUAGUAGUAUUCCCUUUCUCUCCAUGGCUUCUCCAAAGUCAUCUUCUCCAUCUCCAUUUCACUUUACAGUCGUAGCUUUAUGCAUUGUUUGGUUAGAACAGAGAGUGUCGUCGGUGGUGCUGGUGGGGCUGAGGAACCACCACAGCCACAAUGCGCAGCACAGAAACCCAAUGCUGCACACCAACCAGACUUCCUGCGCUCUCUUCAUGGGCAGUUGGGUUCGGGACGACACUUACCCACUCUACCAAUACUCUUGUCCGGUAAUCGACUCCGAAUUCAACUGUCAGAUGUACGGCAGACCCGACACCGACUACCUUAAGUUCCGGUGGCAGCCCGCCAACUGCCAAAUCCCAAGGUUCAAUGGGGGGGAGUUUGCGAUGAGGAUGAGGGGGAAGAGUGUGAUGUUUGUGGGGGAUUCAUUGGGAAGGAAUCAAUGGCAGUCCUUGAUUUGCAUGAUAUCAGCUGGGAUUUCUCCGUCGUCGCCUACGCAGUUUGUGAGAGGAGACCCUGUUUCCACCUUCAAGUUCUUGGAAUACGGGGUGUCGGUGUCGUUUUACAGGGCUCCGUAUCUGGUGGAUAUCGACGUGGUGCAGGGGAAAAGAGUGCUGAGAUUGGAUGAGAUUAGAGGCAACGCCAAUGCUUGGACGGGCGUUGAUGUUCUUUCCUUCAACACCGGUCAUUGGUGGACUCACAAAGGAUCUCUCCAAGGGUGGGAUUACAUGGAAGCAGAGGGGAGUAUAUACGAAGACAUGGACAGAUUGGUGGCUCUGGAGAGAGGGCUGAGAACAUGGGCCAAAUGGAUUGACGCCAACAUCGACACCAGCAGGAGCAGAGUCUUCUUUCAAGGCAUUUCUCCCACUCAUUACAACCCAAGUGAGUGGAAUGCCGGGGCCGUAACAACAUCAAAGAGCUGUUACGGGGAGACGAUGCCUAUGACUGGGAUGUCUGGAUACGCAGGGACGUACCCGGAUCAAAUGAAGGUGGUGCAAGUAGUGCUGAGUUCCAUGAACAAGCCUCCCUUCUUGCUUGACAUAACAUUGCUCUCUGCUAUGAGGAAGGACGCCCACCCCUCCAUCUAUAGCGGUGAUCUCACCGCCGAGCAGAGAGCCAAUCCGGAUCAUUCUGCCGACUGUAGCCAUUGGUGCCUGCCGGGCUUGCCUGAUACUUGGAACCAACUAUUCUACACUGCUCUCUUCUACUUACACUAGCAUUCCUUCCUUGUUAAUUAUUUACUUAUUUACACUCCAUAGUUCUAUAGCUUUGACAUAAUGGUGUUCAGAUUUCAGAGAGAGGCUGCAAAGAAUACCUCUUCUCUUGUAUAUUAGUGCCUCCACUUAAGAGGAAGUAGGAGUAUUAAGAAUACAACUCAGCAAGAAUGUAGUGUUACAAAUCAGGUUAUAAGCUUUAUUUAUGCUAAAAAGCAAUCAAGUCUCCUUAAAUUUAUGUGCUAUCUUUUCGAGGUAGAACAAACUCUGAGAAAUACAAAAUAGUUCAGUUCC